AUGGAUACACAAUUGGCAUUAAUUGAAACUACGAACAUUUUCGAUUUUCAUUUACUUCUAAAUAUUGGUGGUACACAUUUUCGCAUUCGUUAUUCAACCAUACAGUAUCGAUGUCCAACAUCACUGUUAGCUGAAUUCUGUCGAGAAACACAUGCAGCACGAAUGGAAAGUUGUAAUGGUUAUUUAUCUGAUACAAGAGAAUAUUUUUUCGAGCGUUCUGGAAAAUUAUUUGAACCAAUUUAUGAUUUUCUAACAACUGGACAUUUUCAUCGAACAAGUGACAUUUGUUAUGAAAGGCUCUUCAAAGAACUGGAUUUUUGGAGAAUUAAAAAGAAUUUUUUUGCUCCAUGCUGCAUGUUGAUCGAUGAAAGUGAUGAAGAUGAAUUAGCGAAUGAAGAUAAACAUUCUAUAACUUAUGAUGAUGAUCAUGGAGCUUGCUGGAAUCAUCAACGGCGUAAAUUGUGGCUUCUAAUGGAAGAUCCCAACACAAGUACCGCAGCUAAGAUAUUUGCCCUUGUAAGCAUAGUGAUGGUAAUAGUGUCAGUAACUGGUAUGAUACUUGGUUCAACACCGGAAUGGCAGAUUGCCAAUCAUUAUAAUGCGAGUGCUGCAGGUGGAAGAGUCGAUUUUCGACUUCAUUUCCCUUUAGAAUUUAUUGAAUUGAUUUGUGUGAUAUGGUUUACAUUCGAAUAUUUUGCUCGAUUUAUUGUUUGUACGCGAAAGAAAGAAUUUGUAUUAGAACCAUUGAAUAUCAUUGAUAGCUUAACAAUCAUACCAUUUUAUGUGGAGAUUAUACUUUCAGCUUGCGGCUUUGGAAUGCAUACAUUUGGUGAGUUUCGUGGCCUAGCGAUGGUUAUGCGCGUUGUGCGAAUAAUGCGAGUAGCAAGAAUAUUUAAGCUUGCACGCUAUUCCAGUGGCCUAAAAUCAUUUGGUGUUACUGUUAAGACUAGUCUCCCGGAAUUAUCAAUGCUUAUAUUGUUUUUGUUAACAACAGUAAUUUUCUUUUCAACUUUAAUGUAUUUCGCUGAACGUGAUGAACCAAAUACAAAAUUUAAAUCAAUUCCACAUGCCGGCUGGUGGUGUAUUGUUACGAUGACAACUGUUGGUUAUGGUGAUUACUAUCCAGAAACAUUAUUUGGUAAAUUAAUUGCCAGCUGUGCUAGUAUAUCUGGUGUAUUGGUACUUGCAUUUCCAAUAACUAUGAUCGUUGAAAAUUUCUCCCGUAAUUAUGAUAGUGAAAAGAAUCAUUUCAAACGAACACAACGUCAUCGAAGAAUGGCAAGGGCUCAUAAUUAA